AUGCCACCGAGGCCCACGCCGGCGCCGGGGCAGCUGCCACGCCCGCGCCCGCCCCCGCUGAUGCCGGUGGCGAAGAGGCCGCCCGCUCCGUGGGCGCUGGCCCUCCCGGCCGGCCGCCGCGCGCGCGCCCGCCUCUGCCUCCGCCUCGCCGCGCCGCUCUCCUUCCUGCUCCUCCUCGCGGCGUUCCUCCGCACCCAGCCCCCGGCCGCGCCGCUCGACGCGCUGCCGCCCUCCGCUGGGCCGGGGAAGGUGGCCUUCCUCUUCCUCGCCCGCGCCGGCCUGCCGCUCGACUUCCUCUGGGACGCCUUCUUCCGCAAUGGGGAGGAGGGGAGGUUCUCCGUGUACGUGCACUCGGCGCCGGGGUUCGUCCUUGACCGCACCACCACCGGAUCGCCGUACUUCUACGGCCGUCAACUCGCGAGGACCGUCAAGGUGGCGUGGGGCGAACCAACCAUGGUCCAGGCUGAGAAGAUGUUGUUCGCCGCCGCGCUUGAAGAUCCCGCCAACCAGCGAUUUGUUUUGCUCUCGGAUAGUUGUGUUCCUUUGUACAACUUCAGCUACACAUAUACUUACUUGAUGGGUUCACCUAAAAGUAUUGUGGAUAGUUUCACUGACAAGACAGAGAAGCGCUAUAAUCCAAACAUGUCUCCCGUCAUUCGAAAGGAUAAAUGGAGGAAAGGAUCCCAGUGGGUAAUGUUAAUCAGAAAACACGCAGAGGUUGUUGUUGGCGACAAGCAUGUGUUUCAAGUAUUCAGAAAGCAUUGUAAGAUGGUUGUGACCAAUGCUUUGCUUGGACAAAAGCUGGUGAAUGCUAGACGACUAGGAUUUGUAUUUCGGCGAAAGCAGAUAUUGAAAGGAGCUGCCCAGGAGGAGCACGAUUGUAUUCCGGAUGAACACUAUGUGCAGACAUUAUUUUCUAUCAGAGGACUGGAAGAUGAACUUGAAAGGAGAACUUUGACCUAUACAUCAUGGAACCAGUCAACUUUAGAUCCUAAAGAUAAAAUGACUUGGCAUCCAACGACAUUUGAAUAUGACGCAGCAAGUCCUGAGCAGAUCAAUGCUAUAAAGAGUAUCGAUCAUGUGAACUAUGAGGUGGAACACAGGACCGAGUGGUGCAAAUCCAACGGCACAUCUGUCCCAUGUUUCUUAUUUGCCAGAAAGUUCUCAUAUGGCGCCGCGAUGCAUCUGUUGGAGGAUGGUGCUUUUGGUCUGCUAAAAUCUGCUCAACUACUGGUUAACUUUUAA